GCCGAGGAAGGCAGCUCGGUGGCCGAGCCGGGGAAGAGGCGGCUGCGGUCGGCAGAGCCGCGUCCCCGGCCCGCGCGGCAACGGGAGCAGCCUCCGGCGGCCGCUUCGUGCAGUAAAAGUAACCCCGAGGAGACACACAGAGAGAGACAGAGAGAGGCAGACCCAGGCAGAGGGAGAAGCAGGCUCCACGCAGGGAGCCCGACGCGGGACUCGAUCCCGGGACCCGGGGUCACGCCCUGGGCCGAAGGCAGGCGCCAACCCGCUGAGCACCCCCCUGCCCGCCCCUGUUGUGUCUUUUGUAGGAUCUUUCUAACACAUCCUGCCCCGGGAACUGUGACCCCCCCCCCCCAAAAGCGCUUCCUUUAAAGCGUGUUCUCAAAAACACGACCUACGUUCCCAUCUGUUCAAUGGGCUCGCGCGCAAGGCAGUUCUGGAAUGAACAGACACCAGCGUUUGUGGGAAUUGUAAAGUGGUGCUACGAAUUUCCCAGCAGGAAACGGGAAAUUAAAUAAUUAAAGCUGCUUUGCUGUUUUGCCUUUUUUUUUUUUUUUUUUUUUUUUUUGGAAGUGAUUAGUGUAAGUCGGAUAGAGGUGGUGAUGAAAGGGGGCUAAACAGGCUUCUACUGAAGUUUUCCGCCGGGAGCCUUUUGAUGUGUGUGAGAUGCCGUCCAUAGAUGGCAGGUGGUUCCCCAAGCCGCCGGGUUCCAGUUGUAAUGAGCGGAACGCCCUGGCCUCUGCACGUCGGUAGGGCUACUUACUGGGUCAUCUCAAGACACCUGCUGUUUACCAUGUCAGAUUUGUGAAGCGUCGCAAGGAUUCUUGGGUGAAACAUUUCGGUCGUUAAGUUAAUAUACUCCUGUCUGGGAGGAGAUUCUAUAAUUGCGCUAUAAAAAAAAAAAAAAUGGUCUAAAGGAUGUCCGACCAAGUUGGGGUAUCAGGAAGUAAAGUAACGCUUGACAACGCAACGAUUGUUUUGUUUUUGUUUUUGUCGUUUUAAUCUUAUUUUAUGUAGAAAGAUAUGAGACCCCAAAGAGAGUGCCGAGAAUGGAUUUACUGUCCUCUACCUUCAGUUCCCCUAAUGAUCCAGACGGACAGAAUGAUAUCUUUUGGGAUCAGAAUUCUCCAAUGACGAAACAGUUAGGUAAAGGAAGAAAAAAACAGAUUUACACCGCAGAUAGUGAUGAAAUCUCACAUAUCGUUAAUCGUAUUGCUCCUCAGGAUGAAAAACCAUCAACAAACUCCAUGCUAGGCGUGUGGAUUGGUGAGACUGCUAUUCCUUGUACCCCAAGUGUAGCAAAAGGAAAAUCAAGAGCAAAAAUCAGCUGCACAAAGUUAAAAACACAAAAUCGAGAGGAAGAACUUAUGAAAUUGGCUAAACAAUUUGAUAAAAAUAUGGAAGAACUAGAUGUGAUGCAAGAGCAAAACAAGAGAAAUCAUGAUUUUAUCCAGACAAUUUCAGAAGCAGAGACUUUAAGCAAUUAUAUAGAUAAUGUACAGAUGCAGUUAUUACAUGAUAUAGUUCCUGAAAUAGAUAAUGCCAUAAUAAAGAAACCAGGAAAAGAAAACACCCAAAUGUCUGUGGUAAAUGAUCACAAUAGCAGUCAAAAGCCAUUUGAUCAAAAUGCUGAAGCAGCUUUUAAUGACAUUUUUGAUGGCUCUACUCAGAAAUGUAGUGGACAGUUCAGCCAAGAUCUGUCCAAUGCUUUUUUGAACACGAAUAAUACUACCUUUGGAAAGAAAAGUGCUUUGAAAGAGGAGAAAAUCAUUAUUAAUGAAACUCUGGUCCCUGAAAAACUGACAGAUAAAACCCCAGGAUCACUUUUUUGUCAAGAAGACGCUCCUGGAAUGACAAAAUCAUGUGUGACUUCUUAUACUGAGAAGCCAGAAGCUUUUAAUACACACCUUGAUGCAUUUACUACCAGUGAUUUUGAGGAUGAUUGGGAAAACUUACUAAGUAAUGAACCUUUUGUUACACAGGAUGGCAAAAUGUGUGAACUUUUCCCUGCUCCUAAAACAGCUGAAAAUCCUGAACAAAAGGGAAUUUAUAAUUUUAACACCAAAAAUGAUAAAAAUAAGUCAAGAAUGAAUACAAGUCUAGAUGCCAGGUUAGGGGAUUCAAAAAUUUUACAAGAUCUCCCUUCAAAGACACAUAAUGAAGAAUCCAUAGAUUCUGGAAAAGACAGGUUUUCACUAAAUCUAAAUGAUAAACCAAACAAAUUAUCAUCCACUGGAAAUAAAAUGAAAUUUGAGAAAUCGUUCAAUAAAAUUGAGAAAUCUUUCAAUAAAACUGUUGUUCAAGACAAAAUUCAAGACUGUGCAGUUGCAUCUAAUCUGACAAAAGUAAAAGAAGAUACACACACUAAAUUUACUUCUAAUGUAAAUAUUUCUGAAAAGUCCACUUUGAACACAGGAUAUUCUAAUGAACGAAAAAGUAAGUCCGUUUACAAUCAGUCUUGUAAAGCACCUGCUAAUAUAGAUCCUUUUGGCUCUCCAGCUUUGGGCAAUGAAACCAGUGUUUAUAAUCCAAAUCAGACUAAUGCAUCAAAGUUAGGUUCUUUCUUUGAUGACUGGAAUGAUCCGUCAUUUGCCAAUGAAAUUGUUAAAGCAUGUCAUCAACUAGAGAAUACCUGGGAAGCAGAUGAUGUAGAUGAUGAUUUAUUAUACCAAGCAUGUGAUGAUAUUGAAAGACUAACUCAGCAACAAGAUAUUAGAAAAGACAGCAAGUUAUCAGAAAGUAAACUUGAGAUCAAUUAUAGUUCCAGACACGGAGCCAAAAACAUGUUUACUUCAUAUAAACAAGAAAGUCAGUUGGUGCAAUCAAAGCAUUUGAAUCCGAGCAGCAUUUCAGGGCACACCUCUUUCACAAAUAGAUCACGAUUGAAUAAACCAGUGAAGAUGGAAAAAGAAAUUUGUGGAAAUUCUCCAAGCUUUUUAGGUGCCACGACUAAUUUGACAAUAUACUCUCAGAACUCAAAUUGUCAGAUCAAUAAUCUACAUUAUCCCCGGAACAACAGUGAUGUUCCAAUACAAGUGAACAGUACCGAAUCGCUUCUUACCGGAAGUUCAAGUUUGAAUGUGAAUUCAAAUCCUCGGAAUACAGAAACUACUACUUACAAAAAAAAAUUAAGUACUCAGCAUCUAUCCCAUAGGAGCACAACAGAUGGAGCUCAGAGUGACCUUAACAGACCAGUGAGAUUUCCUAAGUAUACAUUUAUAAAGAUGAAAAAUUCUCACAUUCUUUCCCAGUUUAAUCAAAAUUGUAUGCCAGGAAAUAUUUCUGAUACCAAAAUUACACAGAGUUUAGAGAAAAAUAAGACUCCUAUCAACCCGUUUUGUGGGAAGACUAAUCAACAGCAGUCUGUGGUGAAGCAUUCUGAAUCUUUGAAACAGCCUUCAAAAGAGGAAGAAGAGAAAAAUAAAAAGUAUUCUCCUGAAGAAAUUCAAAGAAAAAGACAAGAAGCCCUGGUUCGAAGGAUGGCCAAAGCACAGGCAUCAUCAGUAAAAGCAGCUCCCACUUAACUUGAUUUCUUCUAUGAAAUAUUAGUUGGAAGACUUCACAAAGACAGUUAAUAGCUAUCUAUGAUAGGAAAUAUAUAUAUUUUUUGUUUCUCUAUGAGAAAUUUAAUGCUGACUUAAUAAAGCAUGGACUUCUUUUUAUUUGUAAUGGACUUCUAUUUUAUUUAAUAAAUCAAUGUUUGCAAUGGUCAAUGAAACCUUGCCUUGGAGAGGUAUGUGAAAGUAAUUGCAUAUAAGUUUUGGAAAUUCAGGAAAGUUAGCAAUUACGUUGCAGAAUUAUACAGAGCAAAGUAGCUAUAUUUUUAAGUAUUGUGGGUCAUCCAAAAAUAGGUAAUCUUCUAAUUUUUUUAUUGUAGUAACUUCUUAACACAAAGCUUCAACUCACUAAGUAAAUAAGACUAUUUUUUUAUAGUUUUACUUUCAAUAACUGUUUCUAAGUUUAUACAUUUCUGAAUUCUAAAAAUACUUCCCUAUUCUUAGGAACAUGUUUGGUGGGAAAUCAAGGACUUUGUUUUAUUUAUAAGGAAAUUACUAUUUUCAAUUCCUAAUCUGAAGUAGAUUUUAAUUAUAGUUUUCUAAAACGUGCAUUUUGGAAAUUCUCCACUGUUUUUAGGGAAAAUGCUGAUUUAAGAAGUUUAGAAAAAGGGAAGUAGACCGGCUAUAUAAGUAAUAUAAUAUUAUUAACAUUGAGAACUGUCAGAACCUUUUUAAGGUGUCAUCUGUUCCAACUUCUUUAUUGUAUGGGUAAGAAAUGAAUACUGUUAUUCUAAAGUCACAAGGCAAGUUAAAGCUGUGCUGGGAUUAGAAUGAUUGCUUUCAUUCUAAUGAACACCUAGACAAUUAUACCAUUUUCUUUAGAGUAUUAAUUAGUAUAUAAAAUAGCUUGUUUAUAGAAGCAUUAAUUAUUUCAUAGUAUAAAACUAAAAAUAGUAACUCAAAGUACGUUAAGGACU